UGUUCAACCCUCAUUGACUGUGCAUGCUAAUACCAUGGCAGCCAUCUUUCUUUUCUUUGUUACAAUCUUUCUUGUUUAUUCAUCACACCUGAGCUCUACUGAUGCACUGAGUGUAAACUACUAUCACCAAACAUGCCCUACAGCCGACUCCAUCGUCACAAACGUUAUGCGUAAAGCCACGAUGAAUGACAAAACAGUUCCAGCAGCCCUACUCAGGACACAUUUCCAUGACUGCUUCAUCAGAGGUUGUGAUGCUUCCGUGCUGCUAAAUUCCAAGGGCAAGAACAAAGCUGAAAAGGAUGGGCCUCCAAACAUUUCAUUGCAUGCACUCUAUGUCAUUGAUCAAGCAAAGAAGCAACUGGAGAAGAAGUGCCCUGGUGUGGUCUCUUGUGCCGACAUCUUAGCCCUUGCUGCAAGGGAUGCUGUUGUACUCUCUGGAGGUCCCACUUGGGAUGUGCCAAAAGGUAGGAAAGAUGGACGAAUUUCAAAGGCUAUUGACACAAGAAAGUUGCCUGUCCCCACCUUCAAUAUAUCUCAGUUGAAGCAGAGCUUCUCCCAAAGAGGCCUUUCUUUGGAUGAUUUAGUGGCACUUUCAGGAGGGCAUACACUUGGUUUCUCCCAUUGUUCAUCCUUCCAGAACAGAAUCCACAACUUCAACAAAGUAACAGAUGUCGACCCGUCGAUGGACCAAUCGUUUGCAGGCAAGCUAAGGCAGGUUUGCCCUGUGAACAACAAGGCCAAGAAUGCUGGUGCCAAUUUGGAUUCUACCCCCACAGUGUUUGACAAUGCAUACUACAAAUUGCUACUCCAAGGAAAGAGCAUUUUCUCCUCUGAUCAGGCCCUGCUCACUAAUUCCAGAACUAAGGCAUUGGUCAAGAAAUUUGCAGGCUCUGAAAAUGUGUUCUUUGAGGCAUUUGUGAACUCUAUGAUCAAGAUGAGCAGCAUUUCUGGUGGUGGGACUGAAGUUAGACUAGAUUGUGGAGUCGUUAAUUGAUCAUUUUUUUUUUUAUCAAGAUUGGUGGUUGUUUGUGUUUUUCAUUCUAUUCUUUGGGGUUUUUGGUUGAGUGUUUAAUAGCGUUUGAGAGAAAAAAGGGUGGAAAUUUCUGGAGUUCGUAAUUUUUAUGAUGUAAAAAUAGAGAUGUUAAAG